UUGACAACUGUAUUGAGUAGUUAAAAAAAUGUUUCCAUUCAUUUUUAAAUAGUUAGUACAUCAAUUGCAGAAGUCUUUAUAGUAAUUAUGGAACACGGUUGGUACCCAAGCAUUAUCGAGUAAAUAUUUCAUUUAAGUACAGUUGUUACUUGUAUAAGUUAAAAUGCCAGAUUCAUGGGGAAGUUUCAUGAACAAACCAGCAAGAGGUUGGUUACAUCCAGACAAUGUUAUUACAAGAAGUAGUGUUUGCUACGAAGUUCGAUAUAUUGGCUGUUUGGAAGUACUCACAUCUAUGAAAAGUUUGGAUUUUGAUACACGAUUUUUAGUAGCCAAGGAAUGUAUAAAUAAAGUUUGUGAAGCGGCUGGACUUAAAACUGCUGACAAAAAACGAAAAGUGGACAAAAAAAUUUUAAGACUUAUCGGUGAUCAUUCAAUUAUGGAUCAUGCAGGAUCAAAUGUUACCUUAUCCAUAUCUAGCACAUGUUUGACAUUAAAACUUAGGGAUUCGCAUGCAGUCAUUUCCACACAUGAUAUGCCUAGAAUAUCUUUUGCAUCAGGGGGUGAUGCUGACACAAUAGACUUUGUUGCAUUUGUAGCGAAAGACAUAAAAGACUGGCGUGCAUGUUAUGUCCUAGAAUGUGGAGAAGGCGAAUUAGCACAAGAUGUUAUUACAACUAUUGGCCAAGCCUUUGAUUUACGUUUUAAACAAUUUUUAACAAAACCUGCACCUGUCUUAAGCUCAAGCACAAGAGAUGAGCGAGAAUAUUAUAAUGAUCUACCUGGAAAGUCUCCCCCAGAAACUGGUCCACCACCUGUACCACCCCUUCCUUCGUAUCAUGAUCAUCGUAAUAGAGAAAGACUAGUUUCAAAUAAUUUAAUUGAUUUGAAUUGUGAAGCUCCUCCACCACCUGUACCACAUCCUGCACAUAACUAUGUUAAUGAUUUUGUAGUUGGAAAUAAAAACCACAAUUCACAACCCCGUGAUGUAUUUGACAUGCAACCUUUUGUGGAUCAUGAACCUCUACCAGUAAUGACACCAAAAUUACAAGAUGAACUUUGGUUUCAUGGUAGUAUUACAAGACAGCAUGCUGAGGCAUUAUUAAAACACGAUGGUGACUUCCUAGUACGAGAAUCACAAGGAUCUCCAGGACAAUAUGUAUUAACAGGUCUUCAAGGGGAUGUAAAGAAACAUUUACUUUUAAUUGAUCCAGAAGGCGCAGUAAGAACUAAAGACCGUAUGUUUGAAAGUGUCAGUCAUUUGGUAAACUAUCAUAGUGAAAAUAAGUUGCCUAUUAUGUCAGCUGAAAGUGCUCUUAUUUUGAGGUAUCCAGUACCACGAACUAGAUUUUGAUCGCUUUAUUUUACCUAACCCAUUCCAGCAAUGAAACAACUCAUUUACAAAUGGUGAUACAUUUAUUUGGGUGUUAAUUACUAAAUGAUAUAUAUAAACUAAAUAAUAUAAUGAUGUGACAAUAGUUUA